GUUUCGGUCAUAUAAUUUACAAAUAACUGCAAUAUAAUUUACAGUAACUGAAAAUGAUACUAAACGAGUAAACAAUUAAGCAGUUUCCAUCGUCAUUUGUUUUGGAUAAUUGAAUAUUAGAAAAAAAAUCUGAAAUUAAGAUUCCGAUAAAGUCGUUCGAAAAGCUGGGACAAAAUGGAGAUCAACUAUUCUUUUAACCAAAAAAGAAGAGGUUUUGGUAAAAAAUGUCAAUUCUCCUGCGUCGGUCCUCAUCUAGAUGUCGACAUUGAGCCCAAUCCUAAACUAAGAGAGCAAUUUGAGCAGGUAUCGACUGCUGAAAAAGAGACACAGAGCUCCCAAGAUAUGUCACUUCAUAUGGCGAACACUGUCCUGCUUCCCACGAGUAAUUGUGGAGUGAAUCAUCAAGUGGGUGGAUGGCCAGCUGACGUAGACCCCAGGGACCAAGACCAAGUGGCGCGGUUCAAGAAAAAAAUCCAAAAGGAUGAGAAUUUCGUCACAUCUAUCAAGCAACUCAGUGAUUUAGUGGAGAAUUUUAUAAUGGAAAAUAAUUCUGUAGAUAUAUACGAAGAAUACUUUGCGAAUGAAAUCUUCAAAGGCAAAGAAGACGCUGAAUUCAAGAUACUCAGUGUAUACAGGGACAGCUGCGAGGUGAAGAGAGAAAUCCGCAACCUGUCCUGGUCCCUGGAUAGCUGCAAAAUUGCAGCUGCCUAUAAAACCACUGCGGCGAUUAAAGCAAACGAUAAUGCGUAUUGCCAUUCGUACGUAUGGGACAUAGAAAACUGCAAUACACCAUACUAUAUACUAAUGCCCGAUGUACCGAUAAACUGUGUUGAAUACUCCCCAAGAGAUCUCGAAUUACUUGUUGGAGGAUGGUCAAAUGGACAAAUAGGAUUGUGGGAUGUUCGAACUGGUGGCCGUCCUCAGCAGUUGUCACCCAUAACGGAAUGCCACAAAGAGGGAGUGUCCGACAUCAAAUGGAUCAGUUCCAAAACUGGAUUCGAAUUCUUCAGCGGAUCCACUGAUGGGAGAUUAUUUUGUUGGGAUUCCAGAGUUAUGACCAAGCCUAUUCAGUCAAUGAGUUUCGAUCAAGACAUUCAUUCUUCCAGUAUGAGUAAUGUAUACAGCAUCACGUGUAUUGAGUAUGAUCCAACUUUGCCUCAUCGCUUUAUGCUCGGCACAGAGCAAAGCAUUAUGUUAUCUUGUAACAGAAAAUUCAAAGCUCAAUCUGAAAUCAUCUCUUCAACGUACGACACGCAGAUGGGUCCGGUACUCACCAUUCAACGAAAUAUAUUUUUUCCAAAAUUAUUUGCUUCAUGCAGUACAUGGGGUGUAGAAGUAUGGUCCGAAGAUCUUUCAAGCUCUCCAAUGUUAAAUUUAAUAUCUGCCGAUGGUUACGUGACAGACGUUGCUUGGAGCAAUUCUCAUGCUUCUUUUCUGUUCGUCACGAAAUCCAAGGGUUAUCUGGAACUAUGGGACAUUCUUGUCAAAAACAAAGAUCCCAUAUUUUCAUUCAAAUUGGAAAGUGAUGGGUUAAUUUGCGUCCAUCCCAUGCAACAUGGGGAUCAAAUAGCUUGUGGCACCGCAAAUGGCUGUAUUCAUCUUUUAGAAGUACCACAAUACACAACAUUUUCAUCAAAGCAUGAAAAAAAUAUGGUUGCCUCCAUGGUGGAUCGUGAGGGCAAAAGAGAGAAGCUACUAGAAGGAAUAACCCGGGAACAAAAAAUACGCGAAAAACUACCCGAGCAUGAAGAAACAGUGAAAAAAGUUCCAUCGGAGGAGGACAAUUUCUACUGCUUGGAAGAUGACAACAAUAUAAAUAAAGCAGACGAAUUCGACUCGCAGUUCGAUUUUGACGAUAAAUUAGCCGAAGAAGAGAUAGAUCAAACCCUUCCUGAAAUGCCAUUUUUUGACUUGCAGUUCGCAGAUACGUUGAAAGGGGUGCUGGAAAACAAUAAAUAUUAAAAGGAUCAUGACAAAUACUAUGUAUAAGUGAAGCUAUUAAUAGCUAAAAGGGCACAACAAUUUAUAAUUUCCUCAAUCGUCGUUAAAUACUAUUAAUGUUUAACAUUAUACUGCACGUAUACACAGUGAAUCAUUGCGAAAUGUGAA